AUUUCUUUUGUGGGUGUGUGAAUAUUGACCAAUCAGAGCGCUGCAUUAUCGCGUCAUUUGCAUCUGCGCGGAGGUCGGACAUCAGUCGGACAAAAUGGCGCUGUGUUUACGGAGAUGCUACAGAAAAGUUGUUUAUAAUCCGUUGUUUUUUAAAAGUUGAUUAUUUGCUACUUUGCCAUGGUGAAGCACUGUUCGUUUGGGACGUGUAAAUCCGAUAGCAGGUAUCAAGAUAAGCUGAUGGGAGCAAAAUUCAUUCCAUUUCCCAAGCCGAAAUCUGAUUUACAAAAAUGCCUGCGAUGGAUUUCCCUGUGUAGACGACCUCACGAUCAGCUUAAUGUUGACAAAAUUACGAAACAUACGACUACGUAUAUAUGUUCAAAGCAUUUCAUUUCAAUAGAUGGCCCAUCUGAUGACUAUCCAGAUCCAUGUGAUGCACAAACUGGUGAACUAAGGAGAUCAAGACGGAAAAUAGUAUACAUGUCUCAUCAGUCCAAUGAGUUGACAGACUUUUCUACCAGUGGCAGUUUAGAACCUCCUCCACACAGAGAUUCUGCCUUACAUUAUGAUGUUGCCUGUCAAACAGAAGAAGAAUGUAAGUCCUUUCCUAAGAAUGUCAGAUCUUGUUUAAGUGCAGACAUAUAUAAGGCCUGCACAGUCUCUUUUGCUUUAAAGGCUUCAUCUUAACUACCGGUAUCUUUACUAGUGAAAACGAGGAGUAUUUUUGAUCAAGAUAAUUUAAUGAUUUAAAU